GCUGUGUCUGAAAGAACCCCGAAGGGCGCAGAUUUGGCUUCCUCACUUUAUUCAUGGGAGUGUAACCUCACACAAACUUCCAGAAGAAGGUUGGAUGAUUGCAUCACAUUUUGGCUAGGUCUCCCUGUUUUUGGGAGAAAAACCGUGUCAAAGUUAAACACACUUUCAGCUGGGUAUCAGGCUUGGCUGGUAAGAAAACCACUUUUUUCAUUGGUUUGUCUGGCUUCUCAUCUUUGAUGGUGUCGGGUUUUCAGAGGCACAACUGAAAGCAAGACUCCAGUGCCCAGAUUUGGCCUAUUGACCAUAAAGAUAAUAGAGAAAAAUGCUGAUCCUGAACAAAUGCUCUUGUCUUAUCUGCGAAAGAGGCUCCGUCUUACAGGAACUAAGUAUGGCUGUGGAGGAGGUGGCUGUGGUGCCUGCACAGUGAUGAUAUCAACUUAUGAGCCAGCUUCAAAGAAGAUACGACACUAUUCAGCCAAUGCAUGUUUGCUUCCCAUUUGCUCCUUAUAUGGUGCAGCAGUGACUACAGUGGAGGGUGUUGGAAGUACAAAAACCAGGAUUCAUCCAGUUCAGGAAAGACUUGCCAAGUGCCAUGGCUCCCAGUGUGGUUUCUGCACACCUGGAAUGGUGAUGUCCAUAUACACUUUGCUAAGAAACCAUCCAGAACCAACUUCAGAGCAGAUGAUUGCAGCUCUGGCUGGGAACUUGUGCCGCUGUACUGGAUACCGGCCAAUCCUAGAUGCCUGUAAAACCUUCUGUAAGGAAUCCAUUUGUUGUCAAAGAAAAGCAAAUGGAAAAUGUUGCUUGGAUCAGGAAGAUGAUUUGUUUGACAAUGAAGAGCAGGUCUCCGCCAGCCUGUUUUCAGCAGAUGAAUUCCAGCCCUUAGAUCCCACCCAGGAGCUUAUAUUCCCUCCAGAACUAAUGAGAAUGGCAGAAAAUCAACCAAAAAGAACUCUGUUUUUUCGUGGGGAGCGAGUAACGUGGAUUUCUCCUGUAAGCUUGGAUGAACUGCUGGAUCUGAAAGCCACUCACCCUAAAGCACCUCUUGUGGUUGGGAACACCAGUGUGGGACCUGACAUGAAAUUCAGAGGUGUGUUCCAUCCAGUUCUUAUUGCUCCUGCAAGGAUCCCAGAUCUGAAUGUGCUGAAAUACACAAAUGAUGGAUUAACUCUGGGAGCUGCCUGCAGCCUCUCUCUAGUGAAAGACAUCUUGACAAAUGCAAUUGCCGAGUUCCCUGAAGAGAAGACGAGGGUUUUCUGUGCUGUCUUGCAGCAAUUGAGAACUCUGGGCGGAGAACAGAUAAGAAAUGUUGCUUCUUUUGGUGGAAACAUCAUAAGUAGAAAAUCAACCUCAGACUUGAAUCCUGUUCUGGCAGCCAGCAACUGCAUUCUCAAUCUGGCUUCAAGAGGACAAAAGCGACAUAUUCCUAUGAGUGAUAUAUUUGCAGAUGGAGUUGGUAACAAUACCAUUACACCAGAAGAGGUCUUAGUCUCUAUCCAUAUUCCCUAUUCUAGGAAGGGGGAGUAUGUCUCUGCAUUUCGACAAGCACCAAGAAGGGAAAAUGCUCUUCCAAUAACCAAUGCUGGGAUGAGAGUCCUUUUCGAAGAAGGUACAGACAUUAUAAAGGAUCUAAGCAUUUUCUAUGGAGGUGCUGUCUCGACAACAGUCUGUGCCAAACAAACCUGUUGGACACUUACUGGAAGACACUGGAAUGAACAAAUGUUGGAUGAAGCAUGCAGACUAAUUCUUAAAGAAAUGGCUGUUCCAGGCUUAGCUGGUGGUGAAAAUGUAGACUAUAAGAAAACUUUGAUGGUCAGUUUCUUCUACAGAUUUUUCCUGGAAGUAUCACAGUCAUUGAAGACAAUGGAUCCUUGCCAUUAUCCUGGCAUACCUGUGGAAUAUGGGAGUGUCCUACAAGAUUUCAAAAACAGAAUGCCCCAGAGUAUCCAAAUAUACCAGGACGUAGAGCCGAGCCAGUCUCCUCAGGACCCUGUAGGACGGCCCAUUAUGCACCAGUCUGGGAUAAAGCACGCCACUGGUGAAGCAAUCUACAUUGAUGACCUUCCUUCUGUGGAUGGGGAGCUUUUCCUGGCUGCUGUCACUAGUUCCAGAGCUCAUGCUAAGAUUCUAUCUAUAGAUACCUCAGAGGCCCUAAAAGGAGCAGGUGUGUUUGAUGUCAUAACAGCUCAUGAUGUGCCAGCUACAAAUGAGUUUUAUUUUUCUGAUGAUCCGGAGAUUAUAUUUGCAAGAAACGAGGUGAUUUGUGUGGGUCAGAUUGUCUGUGCUGUGGUUGCAGAUUCAGAUGUUCAUGCCAGACAAGCAGCUGCAAAAGUGAAGAUAGAGUAUGAAAUGCUGGAACCAGUAAUUUUAACAAUUGAGGAAGCUAUAAAACACAACUCGUUCUUUGAGCCAAAAAGAAAAUUAGAACAAGGAAAUGUUGAUGAGGCAUUUGAAACUGUUGAUCAUAUAAUUGAAGGGCAGAUCUGCAUUGGGGGACAGAAACACUUUUACAUGGAGACUCAGAGUACGCUUGCUGUUCCAAAAGGAGAGGAUAAGGAAAUGGAUUUGUAUGUGUCAACACAGCAUCCAGCAAUUGUUCAGGAGAUUGUAGCUGCAAGUUUAGGUGUUCCAGCCAACAGGAUCAUGUGCCAUGUUAAACGAGUUGGUGGAGCUUUUGGUGGGAAAAUCCUGAGAACUGGCUUACUGGCAUCAGUUGCUGCAGUAGCAGCAAACAAAACCGGCAGAGCAGUCCGUCUUAUUCUGAGCCGAGAGGAUGAUAUGGUAAUCGCUGGUGGCCGACAUCCCUUUAUUGCUAAAUAUAAAGUUGGCUUCAUGAAUGAUGGUAGGAUCACAGCUGUGGAUACCGAAUAUUAUGUUAAUGGAGGAUGUAGCCCUGAUGAGUCUGUCCUGGUAGCAGAAGUAUCCUUACUAAAAAUGGACAAUGCAUACAAGAUUCCCAACUUGAGAUGCAGGGCCUAUGCCUGCAAAACAAACUUGCCAUCAAAUACAGCAUUCCGAGGCUUUGGCUUUCCUCAGUCAGGACUGGUGACAGAAACUUGGAUAACAGAUGUUGCAGAUAAAACUGGUUUAGCACCAGAAAAGAUUAGGGAAAUAAAUAUGUAUAAGAAGAAUGAGCAGACACACUUCAAACAAAAACUUGAUCCACAGAAUUUAAUACGGUGUUGGAAUGAAUGUAUGGAGAAAUCUGCAUACUACAGUAGGAGAAAAGCUAUCAGUGAAUUUAACAAACAAAAUUACUGGAAGAAAAGAGGGAUUGCCAUUGUACCAAUGAAAUAUCCAUUUGGAAUAGGCACACCUUACCUUUCUCAGGCUGCUGCACUGGUUCAUGUUUAUACUGAUGGGUCUGUGCUUCUGACACAUGGUGGAAUUGAAAUGGGGCAGGGUCUUCAUACAAAAAUGAUCCAGGUUGCUAGUCGGGAAUUGAACAUCCCCAUGUCACGUAUUCACUUCUGUGAAACGAGCACAACAACUGUUCCUAAUGCAUGUGCCUCAGUGGGAUCUGCAGGGACAGAUGUCAAUGGCAUGGCUGUGAAGGAUGCUUGCCAAACUCUUCUGAAACGCCUGCAGCCCAUCAUCAAGAAGAACCCAACAGGGACCUGGAAUGAUUGGAUUAAAGAAGCUUUUAAACAGAGUGUGAGCCUUUCAGCUACUGGCUAUUUUAGAGGUUACAAUGACUACAUGGACUGGGAGAAAGGGGAAGGACGGCCAUUCACAUAUUUUAUUUUUGGAGCUGCUUGUUCAGAGGUUGAAAUUAACUGUCUAACAGGAGAUCACAAGAACCUCAGAACAGACAUUGUUAUGGACGUUGGAUGCAGCAUAAAUCCAGCUGUGGAUAUAGGACAGAUUGAAGGUGCUUUUGUUCAAGGCAUUGGACUGUACACAAUGGAGGAGUUAAAGUAUUCUUCAGAAGGAGUCCUCUAUACUCGAGGUCCAGAUCAGUAUAAGAUCCCUGCUGUUUGUGAUAUUCCAGAACAGUUUAGUGUUUCUCUGCUGUCAUCUUCUCAAAAUCCUUAUGCCAUCUAUGCAUCCAAGGGGAUAGGUGAGGCAGGAUUUUUCUUGGGAUGCUCUGUGUUCUUCGCUUUGAGAGAUGCACUAACUGGUGUGAGGAAUGAAAGAGGACUGAAAAAGACCUUUGCACUGAACAGCCCCCUGACUGCUGAGCAAAUACGGGCAAACUGCACUGAUGUCUUUACUGAGAUGAUGGCGAACAAUGAAGCUGCUUCCUCCUCGGGCCACAUCUGUGUGAAUGACAAACCAUAGUGCACAAGAUUGGAAUGGAAAACUGAUUUACUGCCCCAAGACACACUAAUCAACAAACAGAUAGAUGUAUUUUCUCUUUUUCUGCAUAGAAUCAGCUACCAAAAAUAUGCACUUUAUAUCUUACAUCCUUAUCUUCAUUUCUCCUCCAGUGGACUCAUUACAGUAUUUUGCUUAAAUGACUGCAUUUAAUUGUUAUAAAUAAAUCUUCUGCAUUUGAACCAUAUAUUUUCAACAAGAAAGAUCUGCUGAUCAGCACAGCUCAAAUGCUGCAGGAGAGGAAAGUAAGAAUGAAGUGUAAAGGUAUGCUAGAUAACUUAUUGCCACAUAUUACACAAACAACUUCAUAUGAUAAAUGGUUUUGUAAUGGCUUCAGCUAAUUUUCUAGUUUAGAUUUGAGUCUUGCAGUGAAGUGUAAGUGGAGAGAUCUUUGUUAAAGAAUCAGAACUUUGUUGGAUUCAGAACCUUUUUCACCAGAAGUGAUGCUCUGACUUGUAGUAAAGCACGUUUAGAAUCUUUCAGCACAGGUAUUUUUGUGUUAAAAACAUGCAAGAAACAAGAGUUAUGAUUCACUUUGGCUAUGCCAGGAAAGUUGCCAUGGCUGGCCUAGAUAUGUAGAAUUUUAUCCCAGAAGUUGACAGAGGUGUAAUUUCCACCAGAAGCUUGCUUUAUCUCAUGGAGCAAGCCAAAAGCCUCUGAACACAAUGGAAAAAUUGACAUGGAGUUCUGUGUGCUUUGAAUGGGAGAAUGGAUGACAUGUCAGCCUGCAGGCUCUUAUCAUUUCGCUGCCUCUUAGUGUUUAACAAUUUCUCUUGUCUUCCCUUCAUUUGUUGAGCUGACACUGUAUCUGUGACAGAAAUCAGGUCAGUUGCUUAAAGAGCUUUUGCAUUAGCUAUUAAGAUUUGAAAUCUUUAUUGUUUCAAUUUGUCUCUCUGUAACCAUGAUGAGUUGGUGAAAUGCAGUUGCUUAAACGUAGCUGUCUAGGUUGCUUUAGAUGUCAUAAGACAGUAGAGACAUAGCACAGGGGAGCACAGGACUGGAAGAUAUGGUACAGCAGCUUGAGACCAGGCAGAUAAUAGUAAUUGUAAUCACUGGAAGUGGUACUGAAAGUGAUUUAGGCAGCUGAAGCCUUUUUGGGGUUUACUUUAUUUUCUUCACUUUCUUUGUAUUAAUUUGGCUUUUCUGUAUUGUUAGAAGUCAAUAAAUUAAACAUGAAUGCUGCUGCCACAA